AUGGACAUAGCAGAAGUACUGGGAACAGAAAUAUCAGAUUCUCGAAAAAUAAAUCGAAAAUCUUCCAAUGAUAGAGUGACGGAUGAUCCACUACAAGGAGCCUCUAUGACAGAAGCAGUGGUGGAUGGUCGUGUCGUUUGGGUCGUAACUGAUAGCAGUUGGACGCUAGAUGACCAUGUUUGGGACAGUGCUUCCAAAACUUGUUGCAAGGAAGAGGAAGUGGCAAGCACCGCAUCUAUGGGUGAGUCCCAAAAGGAACGUCUAAACAGCAUGUCUAGCAAGUCGAGCAGCGUCAAUCGAGAGUACACACAAGCUUUCAGGACCAAGUCCUACGUGGAAAUGUGUACUAAAGUCCAAUCCCAGAUUGGAAGAGCAAGCAUCGGCAGAUCAGUCCCGUCCCAUCCUCCAUGUGCCGAUUCCUGUAGCAUGGCGAACCUGUCAGAAUCGCUCCUCGAGCCUGGGCAGGAAACCCUCGCGACCAUGAUCAAGACCUUGAAUUUCCAUCGUCUUGUUGUCGACUUCUUCGAGGUGAGCUCGAACUCUUGUGACGUGUGCGAGUUGCUCCUCCUGGGGAUCCACAAGAUCCGCACCAAUUACCAAAGGAUCAGAAGGGCAAUCAAGUUGGCAAAACUGGUAUUUGAAGAUGCAACUCAUGUGGACGAGCAGAACCAUCUGAUAUGCCGAGAGCUGUCUGCAUUUGCCGCGCUGACAAGCCCUUUAUUUGCGAUUGCCCGGGUGCAGUUCCCAGGUAUGCACGAUACUUAUGUGGCAUUGUUACAUGAGUUGACAUCCAAGCGCAAGCAGAUGCUGAGGAGAAUGAAGCUGGCUAGGGCUUUCAAGAAGGUAGGAGGGCUCGGGCUGAUUGUCUCCUGCAGCACGGGGAUGUGCAAUAGGAAGGGGAAGUCCAUUAGGCCAUCAUCAUAUCCAGAGAAAAGCUCAUCAGCCGAAGGAAUUUGCGCACAGCUCGACGUCACGGCGAAAGGUGUGUACAUACUAACUAAUGACAUGGACACUGUAAGCAGGCUCGCGGGGAGGUUGCAGGACGAGGUUGAGCAUGGCAGAUCAAGGGCCGGGAUGGCGGUGAGGAACUAUGCGACGAAGGGCGAAAUCAUGAGGGAGGUUGUGUAUGAGUUUUUUGAUGCACACAAUGCCCGUUUCUUGGAGCAGCUGGAGGAGCUUGAGGAGCAUAUUUACUUGUGCCUUGUCACCAUGAACAGGUCAAGAAUGUUGGUUGUGGAAGAGAUCUUGACCUCUCAGUCCAUGAGCUGAAUCAAAGUGGUCAUUGACCAAUUUAUGUGACAAUUAAUUGCUUGUUAAUUCAGACAUUUUUAUGAUAGCUGCCUAUGGCCUAUGCCAUUGGAGAAGGUUCAUGACGGGGGCCUUCAUCAGAUGCUUUUACCAUGUGCAUA